CGGGGCUUUGCGAGGGCAAAGGUUUGUCGCGUCAACAUGGCGUCUCCCAUGGAACUGAGCUGCUGGGGUGGUGAUUGGGGGUUGCCGUCUGUGCACGCGGAGUGCCUCGUUGUCAUGGCUUAUGCCAGGUUUUGUGGUGCACCAUUGAAAGUGAAUAUUAUAGAUAAUUCAUGGAGAGCACCAAGAGGGAGUGUACCAUUAUUGGUAUCAGAUGACACUGUUAUUUCUCAGCCAGCUAAAAUACUAAACUUCUUAAGAAAACAGAAGUAUAAUGCUGAUUAUGAACUGUCUACAAAAGAAGGAGCAGACACACUGGCAUACAUUGCAUUACUUGAAGAAAAACUAUACCCUGCUUUGCUGCACACUUUCUGGGUUGAAGCUGAUAAUUACUACAAUGUGACAAAACCAUGGUUUGCUUCAAGGAUGCCAUUUCCACUGAGUUGGUAUCUGCCUAGAAAGAUGUUUGAGGAAGCACUUAAUAGGAUCUUGCUGACAAAGGGGGGCCCUCCGCUCUACAGUCUCACUGAAGUGGAAGGACAGAUCUAUAGAGAUGCCAAGGAAUGCCUGAACCUUCUGUCAAACAGACUGGGGACAUCUCCAUUUUUCUUUGGAAGCACGCCUACAACUCUUGAUGCCUUUGUGUUUGGUUUUCUUGCUCCUCUUUAUAAAGUACCAUUCCCCAAAGUCCAGUUGCAAGAUCAUUUGAAGCAGCUUUCCAAUUUAUGUCGCUUCUGUGAUGACAUUCUGAGUUGCUACUUCAGAGUAAACUUAUCAGGCCCCUCUCCAGUGGGUCAAGAUACGAUAGAUGCAAAUCUACAAAAACUCACACAGCUCGUAAACAAGGAAUCUAACUUAAUUGAAAAGAUGGAUGAUAACCUUCGUAAGAGUCCUCAGCACCCUCCGCAUAAGCUGACAACUCUCAAGCUUUCCACAAGUGGAGGAGGAAAUAGUUCACCAAACCGCUUAUCGCCCUGAGUUUUACUUUUCAUAUGUAUGUAUGUGUUCCGAUUUGAUGUCACUUUCUAAUCAAUCUUUGCACUAAUUCUGUAUGUACAUGAAGUGAGGGACAAACAUGAAUUGGAUAACAGGUGCAAGCACAUUCAUUUAACCACUGCAGUAUGUGGUCAUGUAGGAACCAGUACAAGUCCAAGUUAAAUACAGACAAAUUGUUGAGUUAUUGUACAGUACUGUCUGGGCUUGCCAUAAGUGCUGCAUAAAUGCUCGCGUUUUAGAUUUAGUUGACUGAAAGCUAAGAUUCCACUCUUUAGAAUUAUGCAGAUACAUCAACAUAUUCUGCUAGAUUAAGCUUUCAAUUUUGGCUGCAAUCAUGUUACAGCUCAGCUUGAUUGUUGCAUGUUGGAGUAACUACUUGAUCACCACUUUAAGCAUUUUUAUAGAUUUCUAAUGUGAUUCAAAUAGUGAAAGAAAUUAAAAUAUUGCUGGGAAGUAAACUGACAAAUAGUGAGAAGGUAUUUAUCCUUUUGUAUUUUUUUCAUAAGCAAUGAUCAGUGUAUGUUGGCCAUUUUGAAAUGAAUAUAGAUUUUAAAAACUAAUAUCAUCAGACUGGAGUUUUUUAUUAGAAUCUUUUCAAAUCUAAUCUUAAUUGGGAAUAGGAUAAGCUUGACCACAUCCUUGAUAGAAUACAGCUUCAGAAUUGCAGCACCAAGAUGGACAGUGUCAGUGAAUGCAAGUAAGAGGUCAAACCUGUUGCAGGCUAAGACUGAAUAUAUAGUAUUGACAUUGUUUCACUUUACUCUGUCUGCCUAGAGAUUCAUUAGCUUCUUGCUUUUAUAUGUUUAUCCACUAACAAAGCUAGAUGAUACAGCUUUCUCCCUGGGUUAAUAACUUUCAAUAUUGGGUAUAAGUUAAAUGAUUAAAGGGAUCUUGCCCUGCUACAAAGCUUUGCUAGUGCGCUGCUGUGAACACAGAGAUUCUCAUGAGUCUGAACUGCCCUAUGCACUAAAAUAGCAGAGGCAUCCCACCCUGUAGUACUGAUGUAUACAUAGCUCUAUUACUGACACUGUGGUAAAUAAGGAAGCACACAAGAUCAUUGUACAUAUACUGGAAGUUUCUACACACACACAGGGAACCCCUAGAUCAGGCUGACAGAGUAAUAUCCAUUUGUAUUGGUGAUGAUGAUGGUAGUGAGAUACAUUUCAGCUUAUUAGUCGCUAUAUUUCAAGAGGUCCAACAAUUCUAUUAUAAACUAAGGCUGACAACUCUGGGAGUGGAAGUGGGUGACUCAAAAAUCAGAUGCUUUGGGACUGGUACACAGCGGUAUGUGCAAUCUGAAAACACCAUUGACCUCUGUUAUUGCAGAGGCCUAUCUGGUGAGCUGCCACAUUAUGUGAGGUGCAUGCCUGGUCUGAAGCAGCUCCUCAUGCACUGCUUCCAGGUGCUACAAUGUGGCAAUAUGUCCAGGAAUCCGAUUUGACCUCUCUCUCAAUGAUGGAUGGAAUACAGCAAGUGUGUGGGAAACCUCUGGCCUUCCAAAUAUUGCUGAACUAUAACUUCCAUCAUCCCUGGCCACAUGCUUGCUAGGGCUGAUGGGAGCUGUAGGUCAGCAGCAUCUGGAGGACCAAAGGUUCCCCAACCCUGGAAUACAGGCUACACAAAAUUGGGAUGAGGACCAUGGGCCAUUGUUGGCCAUUCUUGUUCUAAAACAUUAUUUGAAUUUUUCAGUAUAUACCAACAAAUGUUUUUGAAAAAGUAUUUGGCCAAAAUGGCAGCUGCCCUUAACCAAUUUAUCAUAUGAUAUCUAAUUCUAAAGAAAUGGUUUUCAUAGUUUUCUUUUCAUCUGACUUUAUUUUGCCAAGUCAAAUCCUAUUUUUCUCGAAGUUACCUUCAGUGUUCUGUAUAUGUAGACAAAUAGCUGUAUAAACAAGCCUGUAAGUAAUGUUAUAUACAUGUAGUUGCAGAAUAUUGCUUUAUAAAUUUAAGGAAUGUAAAGAUCUUUCAUGUAUCUUGUUGUUAACUAUUAUUUUGGAUGU